CCACCGCAUCCUCCCGCUUCCCCUCGCUCGGGCGGCCUGCCUGCCUGCCGCGGACGCCUCCAUCUCGGCUAGGCACGCGCGCGCAGCGGCAGGGCGGGCCAGGCGAGGCCGUGGCUCGGGGACGGCGAGUAGGCCGCAGUCUGAGAGGCGGCCGAGGGAGGAAGCGAAAGGCGGCCACCCCGCGGCUGCUCCGUUCCGCCUCCACACACACCCCACCCUCCCCCGGCAGGAUGGCAGCGGCGGCGGCGGAGUCGGGGGCCGGGUUGGAGAAGCUGGUGUCGCCGGCCCUGCUCGGCUUCUUCGUCUACAACCCGCGGCUGGGCCCGCGAGAGGGCGAGGAAGAAAAAAAGAUCCUCUUCUAUUACCCAAAUGAAGCAGAGAAAAAUGAAAAAAUCAGAAAUGUUGGAUUAUGUGAGGCCAUUGUUCAGUUUACAAGGACUUUCAGUCCUACAAAACCUGCAAAAUCACUACAUACCCAGAAAAAUAGACAGUUCUUCAAUGAGCCGGAAGAAAACUUCUGGAUGGUUAUGGUCGUACGCAAUCCGGUAAUAGAAAAACACAAAGAUGGGAAAACAGUCGUCGAAUACCAAGAAGAAGAGCUGCUGGACAAGGUUUAUAGCUCAGUGUUACAGCAAUGUUACAACAUGUAUAAGCUUUUUAACGGCACGUUCCGAAAAGCCAUGGAAGAUGGAGGCAUCCGGGUUCUGAAAGAAAGACUGGAGAAAUUCUUCCAUCGGUACUUGCAAACGCUUCACUUGCAGACCUGCGAUCUGCUGGAUGUCUUCUGCGGCAUCAGCUUCUUCCCGCUAGAUAAGAUGACCUACUUGAAGAUCCAGUCGUUCAUCAACAAGAUGGAGGAGAGCUUAAGUCUCGUCAAGUACACGGCCUUCCUGUACAACGAUCAGCUGAUCUGGAGUGGAUUGGAACAAGAGGACAUGAGGAUUUUGUACAAAUACCUCACCACCUCUCUCUUUCCAAGACACAUGGAACCUGAGUUGGCCGGAAGAGAUUCCCCCAUCCAUAUAGAAAUAUCCGGAAAUCUGCAACACUAUGGAAGGUUCCUGACUGGGCCUCUGAAUUUGAAUGACCCCGAAGCAAAAUGCAGGUUCCCCAAAAUAUUUGUGAACACGGACGGUGCUUACGAAGAGCUUCAUUUAAUUGUGUAUAAGGCAAUGAGCGCAGCUGUCUGCUUUAUGAUUGAUGCCUCGGUGCAACCUACGUUGGAUUUCUGCCGCCGACUCGAUAGCCUCGUGGGCCCGCAGCUUACUGUCUUAGCUUCGGAUAUCUGCGAACAGUACAACCUCAAGAAAAGGGUGUCGGGGUCCGAGAAGGAGCCUCAGUUUAAAUUUAUCUACUUCAAUCAUAUGAAUCUGGCCGAGAAGAGUACCAUCCAUCUGAGGAGGACGUCAACUGUCUCCCUUGGAUCCGUCCAUCCUGACUUGAUGAAGAUCCUUGGUGAUAUCAACAACGACUUUACGAGGGUGGACGAUGACGAAGAAAUCAUUGUGAAAGCCAUGAGCGACUACUGGAUUGUCGGCAAGAAGUCGGAUCAGCGGGAACUGUACGUUAUUUUGAAUCAGAAAAACGCCAACCUGAUUGAAGUGAACGAAGAAGUAAAGAAACUCUGCGCGACCCAGUUCAACAAUAUCUUCUUCUUGGAUUGAUCGGCAGCCCCGGCUCUCAUUCUUUGAAGAUGGCUUCAAGACCCACCCCCCCAAAAAAGGUGUAACUUGUUUACUGGGACCAGUUCAUCGCGUCGUAUUACUGGCUGGCCUAAUGACAAUAGUAAAGCAAUACUUGCUGCGUAAGAAUCCACUUUCUACAAAAACCGUCUGCUCUCCGACUGGACCGGAUUUUCUUUUGUUUUUUUUUUAGAUUUUAAUGUAUUUAUGUUCAAAUCGAUUAAAAUUGGUCAGAAGGAAACCUGCGUCAUUCGGUGUCUCUGUUCGUCACUGCGUAACCUUACUUGAAUAAUAAAACUUUAUUGUUACCACUUGAA